AUGGGGCUGCUGAGGUGGAAGCCCAUGAGCUGCUGCCUGAGCACCAAACCUGCACCCGAGAGGGAGAAGGGCUCCCAGGGCUGGGACUCCACUGCAGGGACUUGUCCCCUCAGGCACCCUGGGCUAGCCCAGCCCCCUGCCUCAGUUUCCCUGCUGGAGAGCAGGCUGGUGGUGUGCGAGUGGGGUGCUGGGCAAUCAUGAGUUGGGGGUGUCUCCACUAAUUUAGGGGAGGAUGGACAUGAGCCAAAGCAAUGGCUGUGAGCACUGGCUGCAGCUCAGCCCUGGCUGCCCACCUCCCCUCUGUGCCAUCAGCACAGAGCCCCUCCAGACACAGGGUCUGUGCCCACUGCUCCCAGCCUGGGAAGCCACAACCUCUUCUGGGGCACUGGCCCUGGGCAUAACCCUGGGCUAAAACACCAGCCUUGGGCUAAAACACUGGUCCAACCAUCCUCCUCUGCAUGGCAGGAUCCAUCCUGGCACUGUGGGUCCUGAGUGCCCACUGAGCCCCUGCACCCCCCUUCCCAGCCUCGAGCACAGGGCAUUGCCAGCUGCCUGCCAUGCCCUGGCUGUGCCACACACAAGGGAGCAUUCAUGCAGUUGGGGGGAAGGGGCCAAAGCUGUCACCCAACACGGGGACACGUUAUCUCUUGUAUAAGCUGUUCCAUAAAGCAGGGGGGGCUAUAAAUGCAGCUGUUGCACAGGGCUCCUCACCCAGCCCUGGACCAGGAUGAUGGUGGUGGUGCUGCCCAGCCUGGCACUGGCCCUGCUCUGCCUGCUGAGGGCAGGGGCACAGGUCACUGUGCAGCCAGGCUUCGAUGCUGAGAAGGUAAUGGCAUGGGCUGGAGGGGCUGGGUGCUUGUGAUGCACCCCAGGGCACGGCUGGGCACCCCCUGGGCCUGGCCCCUCAGCAUCCAGGGGAGCAGGGAUGUGGGUGCAGAGCUGGGCAGGUCCUGAGCAGCUCCUGCCAUGGCACCAUGGCCCAGGGACACAAACACCCAGGGCCACAGUGCCCCUGAGCCUGUGGUGCUUCCCCAGGGACUGUGGGUCACAUGCUGUGCCCACUCUCCUGGUAUGGGGCAGGGCAGGGGCUGGUGGGUCCCCAUGGCAGGUGGCAUUUCCCCAUGGUGAGCAGCAGGUUGCUCAGGGCAUGCUGGCAGAUGCCCCUCGCAGGUCCCUCAUGGUGAGUGGCAGGUCCCCAAGGUAGGUGGCAAGGCUCCCUUGGUGUGUGGUAGAUGCCCUGGGUGGGUGGUGGGUGCCCUGUGUGGGUGCCAGAUGCCCUGGGUGGGUGAUAGGUGCCCAGGGUGGGUGGUAUGUGCCCAGGGUAGGUGUUGGGUGCCCAGGGUGGGUCGCAGAUGCCCUGGGUGGGUGGUAGGUGCCCUGUGUGGGUGGCAGAUGCCCAGGGUAGGUGUUGGGUACCCAGGGUGGGUGGCAGGUGCCCUGUGUGGGUGGUAGAUGCCCUGUGUGUGGCAGAUGCCCUGUGUGGGUGGUGGGUUCCCUGUGUGUGUGGCAGAUGCCCUGGGUGGGUGGUGGGUGCCCAGGGUGGGUGGCAGAUGCCCUGGGUGGGUGGUGGGUGCCCAGGGUGGAUGCCAGGUGCCCUUGGCACUCCCAGCCCCCGCUGCAGUUCGCAGGGACGUGGCACGUCGCAGCUGCCGCUUCCAACUGCUCCGUGUUCCUGAGGAUGAAGGACGGGAUGAAGUCGCCCAUCAGCACCAUCAGCAUCACACCUGGGGGGGACAUGGCCAUGACACUCAUCUUGCCCCUGCUGGACAGAUGCCAGAAGUUUGAGCUGCUCCUCCAGCAAAGAGGGCAGCCAGGGCACUACAUGGCAGUGCAAGAGAAGAGGGAGCUGCAUGUGCUGGAGACAGACUACGGGCACUAUGGCAUCGUGCAGCAGCUGCAGCACAGCGGGCAGGGGCACAGCGUCGGGCUGCAGCUCCUCACCAGGGGACAGCAUGUGAGCCCUCAGCUCCUGCAGAGGUUCCAAGAGCUCCUCCCCACUGUGGGCCUGACCAAGGACAUGCUGGCAGUCCUGCCCAAGUCAGGUGAGUGCCAGGAGGGUGCAGAGUGGGCACACUGGCCUGCUGCAUGGGGCUGGGACACUGCCCAUGGCAUUGCCCAUGAUGUGCUCACCCCUCUGCUUUCCAACAGACCAGUGCAGCAAGGCCAGCAGCUGAAGGGGCUGAGGGCAGGGCCUCCAACCUGGAGGAAAGCAGGCUCUGCACUCACCCCAGAUGGCCCUUUCCCUCCUCUCCACCCCCACGCUCUGCUGGAGCUGCUGCCCCACACCAGGAUCCCACCUCCCUCCCCUAAAUAAAUAGAU